AUGUCAUCUCUAAAUGCCUCAUCAAAGCGACCACAGACCCUGUCUUCUACAUCAGGUCCUGUUGGUCAAAAACAAGUGUUGUCGAUGGAUGCCUGGGAGUCGACAAUACUACUGGAAGGAAGACAGCUCGAAAGCAUAACAGCAUGGAAGAAACAGAGCGAUGAAAACCCGCUUCCGCUCAAAUUUGAAGAGGAGCACAUAGCGCCUUCCUCGCGACCUGGGACGCCUUUACGUGCCCUCAAGCAACGAGAGGGGUCUAUCAGACCGUCUUCACGGCCUGGAACACCAGUCCUCAACGCGACUGUCAAUGCCCGUGGUAGACAUUCACUGCACCCUGUAAACCCUAUCCAUACACCGCAGCAAUUUCACGAUUGGUUCGCUCUGAUAGAACGAUCGAUACAACACUCUCAAGAAUCACACUUUCGCACCCACCUUUCGCAACUAACAAGUCAUCUGGAUAAGUUUCAAGAUCUCAAUGAAACACUGGAUCGUGUAGACGGUCAAGUGAUACAGAUGCUCAGUGCAUGGAAAAGCGUUGAGGAUGGAGGCAGAAGUCUCCAAGAGGCAAGUGAGCAACUCGUAGAAGAAAAGAAUCGUUUGGUUCAAGUGACUGAUGCGAUAUCCGCUCGUCUGGCAUACUUUCAAGAGCUUGAGCGUGCAACACGCAUGCUCAAUCAUCCUGGAGACGAUCUCGUUCUUCAACCGGAUUUCUUGAUCAUGGUUGAGCGGGUAGACAUCUGCCUCGAGUUCCUUCAAAGCCAUCGCAAUUACCGCGAGGCCGAUAUCUAUAUUCUACGGUUUCAGCAAUGCCUGAUUCGCGCAAUGAGCCUGAUCAAGAUAUUCUUUACGGCGUCCAUUCGCACUCUCUCUUCAGAGGUCGAGCGACACCUUGCAGAAAAGACCACGUCUACACUCUCCAUUACCCAUUCCCUGUACUCCAAAUUCGCGUCCCUGGCGACACAAAUGGCGCCCCUUCUUUCUGAGUUUGAACGACGCGCUAUAAUUCAUCCAUCAGACUUGCAAAGUCUCUUGGAUGAAUGCCAGGCGACGUAUCUCGCGACACGGAAAACAUUGCUUACCCCAAGGAUUCUCACCGAGGUCAAAGGCUUGGACCCAGCACAUAGCGAGAUUGUAGAAUUGACAAGGACGGGCUGUGGCUACCUCCGACAACUUUGCGAGGAUGAAUUUACAUUAUAUCGCCGAUUCUUCUCAUCGGGCGAGGAGAGGCUAUAUCGCUAUCUAGAGACGCUGUGCGACUUCCUCUACGACGAUCUUCGACCACGAAUCCUGCAUGAGCAGCGGAUCAACGUGCUUUGCGAAGUUUGCACAGUUCUACAGGCACUGAUGGUAAUCGGAAACGACAUCCAAGGAGAUGAAGAAGAUGAUGCGGAAGAACGCGAAUCUGUAGUUCCAGAAACCCCGAAGGAGGUUACCGACUCGAGUCGGAUGCAAAAACUGCAUAUAGCUCCGCUCCUGCAGAUGAUAUUGCAAGAUGCACAGACGCGGCUGGUUUUUAAAGCACAAGCCAUCGUGCAAUCGGAUGUCCGUCUACAUGUGCCCACUGAAGAUGACCUUCGUUAUCCAGAGAAACUUAUACAAUAUCGCACUGCUCGCGCUGAAAGACAGAAAGCAAGAGCUGACGCCGAGGAAGAUGCCCAGUCCGAUGAUGAUCAAGAAACAAUAGAGCAGCGUCGAAGCUGGUAUCCAAGUGUUGGUAAAGCAGCAUGGAUUAUGGGCAUGCUGCAGGAGUUUGUCAAGCCUGCCAUCUUUCGGGAUAUAGCACAAGAGGCCAUCGCUUUCAGCCGAGAAGCUCUGGAAGUGGCAUCGCAACGUAUAGCGGCCAAGGACACUCCAUCAGCAAAAGUCGACGCGAAGCUAUUUCUAAUUCACCAUCUUCUCAUUUUGAAAGACUUGACGACCGAGGUGGACUUCAAUGCAGGAAAGCCGGAUACCGAGCAACUGCCAUCAACAUCGGAGGGUAUCUUUGGCAUACCUUUGUUUCGACCUGUUGCUCUUCUUGGCGGCCUGGCGUCACUUGGAGUACCAAAGCUUUUGAGCGGAGCAGAGACGCCAUUGAACAUCGAUCAAGAGCUCAAAUUAGUUUGCGAACGUCUAAUUUCGGAUUGCGUAUCCGCUGCUACCCUCCCUGUUCGAACAUUCGUCCAGCGUUCCUCUGCAUACCUGAACACUUUCACCACUGCACCCCUAAACGAGAAAAGCGACCUGCUGUCACAAGAUUUUGCGACCCCUGAACAAGCUCUCGAGACGAAUCGGGAAUUCAAGCGAGUUUGCGAGCAAGAGGUUCGCACUUGGAUCUCGAGGGUGCGCUUAUUCUUGGAUGAUGAACGCACGGUUUCUGCCCUGGUAUCGCCCCUACAGCAUCAAAUAGUCGAAGAGUACGCUCUCUUCCGAGGGCUGUUGACAGGUCGAUAUGGUCAGGAGCUCCUCCUGGAGACUUACACCGAGAUGGGACUGAUGAACGAACUUCGCCAGUGGUUAGCGUAG